AUGGUCAAUGAGCUUACUGAUGAGCAGUAUCAUAUAUUCCAAACAAUUAUUUCAGCCGUCCAAUCAAAUGAAGGAGGGUUCUUUUUCGUUUAUGGCUAUGGGGGCACUGGGAAGACAUUUUUAUGGAGUGUUUUAACAUCAUACUUGAGAGGAAAAGGAGAUAUAGUUAUUGCAGUUGCAUUGAGCGGGGUAGCGGCAACACUACUACCUUUUGGUAGGAUAGCACACUCAAGGUUUGCAAUACCACUACAAAUUACUGAGACAUCUUUUUGUGCUGUUAGUCAAAAUUCUGCAUUAGCCAAUCUUCUAAAAUGCACAAAAUUAAUCAUAUGGGAUGAAGCACCAAUGGUUUAG